UUUUGUACCAAGAACGUUCCAGCCGGACCCGUAAAAGGUCAAGUCUUUAGGCGCGAUCAACUCCUGCAAUGUCCAUCCUCGAGUGAACCAGCGACAUCUUGCAAAGGGGCCAUUGAUCGUACCAUCAUAUUUACUAGGCCUGCGCCUUCUGGCGGGCUCGACGGAACUUCCGGCUUGCUCAUCGAGCGGAACCUCCCCGUAGCCGCUAGGAAUGUCAGACAAGUAAACGUAGCACUUUCUUGAUCGCUUGUACCAUUGGAACAUGGAGUUGAUCGCUUCAGAUAUUUCCGCACUGCUGCUUUUGUUGAUGCAACAUGUAUCGACCCAAGCGUAGUCCAGGCCGUCCCUGAUAGCUUGCUGACAGACAUACUUGAUCUUGAGGAAUCCCUCCCUUCCUACAACACGAUCCCAGUACCUGGAGCCUGUUGAUAGUGCCUGAAGAUCCUGAAAAGAAAUCUCAUCCUUUCCCCAUGUAUGUGAUAGGAUUGCAUAUUCGGGGAUUUCACUGUCGAGGUAUUCUUCCAACUGGUAAAGCUAAGUUUGCAUGGUCUGUCCUUCGCUAUUUAGGUGGCGUGGUGAUGUGUUCUUGGCCUACCAGUUGGCUGCUACGUGGCAGGCAACACAUUAAGAACCAAUAUGUCCAGCUUUACUGCAUUGUUGGAUACUUUCCCACACUUCUUCAAUGCCAAAGGCUGUAUCCUUUUCUUAUGAUAUGCCGCGUUUCGAGUUGCCUCGUCGCUCGCGUCAUCAGCUGGACAGCAAAUGGCCAGGUUGCCGCUGGGAAGGUGUCUUCUUUGCCUCUGAGUUGUCUAUGGAGCCUCUCUACCUUCUUUUGAGGUUCGAGCAGUCUCGCCAAUCCUGGUUAGUAUUCCAUAUGUGAAGGGUAUUACAAGACCUGGGGUCUCGUAUUUUUUUCUCAAUAGCUGACGACGAGGAUACUUUAUAUCGUUC